AAAAGUUUAUGACAAUGAGACAAAGAUGAUAAAAGCAGUUGAUCUCUAUAAAUACUAUUUAGCAGGUUCUGCUCAUACCACAUCUAUCAACAUUCUCUCUUGCAUUUCAUUUUAGUCUUGUCUUCGUAGAAAUCCACUUAGUUUCCUCACUAGCCUAGACUGUAUCAUUAUGGGUUCAAUAGAUGAGGUCAAGAAGGAAUCAGCAGGGGAAACACUAAGGAGAUUGUUGAAAGGAGAGAUUAAAGAUGAGGAACUGAAGAAGCUGAUUAAGUUUCAAUUCGAGAAACGUCUGCAAUGGGGUUAUAAAUCAUCUCAUCAAGAACAACUCUCCUUCAACCUUGACUUCAUUAAAUCCUUAAAAAAGAUGGAAAUGUCAGGAGAGAUUGAGACAAUGAACAAGGAAACCUAUGAAUUACCCUCAGAAUUCUUAGAGGCAGUUUUUGGGAAAACUGUCAAGCAAAGUAUGUGUUACUUCACACAUGAAUCAGCAACAAUAGACGAAGCAGAAGAAGCUGCACAUGAAUUAUACUGUGAACGAGCACAAAUCAAAGACGGACAAACUGUUCUUGACAUUGGUUGUGGUCAAGGUGGUCUAGUUCUAUACAUUGCUCAGAAAUAUAAGAACUGCCAUGUUACAGGGCUCACUAAUUCAAAGGCACAAGUCAAUUACUUACUCAAGCAAGCAGAGAAGCUUGGGUUGACAAACGUCGACGCCAUACUAGCAGAUGUUACUCAGUAUGAAUCUGACAAGACAUACGAUCGUCUACUUAUGAUUGAAGCCAUAGAGCAUAUGAAAAACUUACAGCUGUUCAUGAAGAAACUAUCAACUUGGAUGACAAAAGAAAGUCUUCUCUUUGUGGACCACGUCUGCCACAAAACAUUUGCUCACUUUUUUGAGGCAGUCGAUGAGGAUGACUGGUACUCAGGUUUCAUUUUCCCCCCAGGUUGUGCAACCAUACUAGCUGCUAAUAGUCUCCUCUAUUUCCAGGAUGAUGUUUCAGUUGUGGAUCAUUGGGUUGUCAAUGGAAUGCACAUGGCUCGUUCAGUAGACAUUUGGAGAAAGGCGCUAGACAAAAAUAUGGAAGCUGCAAAAGAAAUUCUAUUACCUGGACUUGGAGGAAGCCACGAAACAGUGAAUGGAGUCGUUACUCACAUUAGAACAUUCUGUAUGGGAGGCUAUGAACAAUUCUCAAUGAACAAUGGAGAUGAGUGGAUGGUUGCGCAGCUGCUUUUCAAGAAGAAGUAGUGAGGCCAUUUCCACGGCAACUGCAUUUUCCAGAGCUGUGUAAUAAUGUGAUCCUCAAGUAACAAUAAUUGUGGGUUGUAUCACAGGGGUUUGGCUUGUUUUUGUUGUCUGCAUUUCUACUUUGUUUUUUCUUUUAAUUUGGAUACAAGAUUUGAAGAACUCCAUUCGUAAUUAUAUCAUGUAAUGGGUUGUCAAAUCAACAGGUGUGAGAAAAUUGUACCAACAUUUGCGUUUUCCUGUUGUCUAGUUAUUUGUUACUUUAUAUUAGAACUGAAGAAACUCUCACCUUCACAUUUCA